AUGUACUGUUUCAAGGGUUUCGAAGUGAUCGCUGAAUUCUCCGUCACCGGCCAGUACAUGGUGACAUCCAUUGCCAACAGCGAGGAUUCUAAUGCUAGACCCAAUGCGUGUACCGGUCACAUAGGCUCCAAUAACCAGUGUAGCAACUAUUCCGCUCGUACACCUGGGUGGAAUUGUAGCGUGAGCGUAGUAACCAGCGUGGAGGAGGCGGUGGUGUCCAAUCUUGUCACUUCGAUCUGCCCAAAACAAGAACCAAACACGCUAACAUUGGAAGAGAAGAUCGUAUUUUGCCGGUAA